CCCAAAUUGAAACUGAUUAGAUAACUGGCCUACCAAACUUAAAACUGAAGAGUCUCCUUGCAAACAUGCCACAUUAUGACUGGCAGUCAGUUCACCAUAGUUCGAAAAGCUGAAAACACCGAACCAUCUCUUAGGAAUGAUAACCCAAUUCGAGUUUUCUAAACUGCAUAUUGGAGUUUUUCAAAAGCCGGAAUAUCCAAGUACGACGCUACUUUGAAAUAAGGUACCUCUAGAAGAACCCUUCCACGAUGUGGGGAACCAGGAAGUGAUAACCGCCCUCAUACCACUAGCAGCACUCAAGAUCACUGAGAUUCUGAAGAGAUGUUGGCGAACUCCGGUCGCGAAGAGGAAAAUACUCCUUACACUGUGAUGUUGUCCAGAGAAGCUUGAAAAGCACUUAUAGGGUGGGAAACUCAUGGAUCCAGAAUCAUCGAAGCAUCCUUCAAAACGAAGAAGGAGUGAAUUGCAAUAAAUGUUACCCACUGUUGUGCACCUACCAAUGAUAGCAAUGACAACGAUAAAGAUCAGUUUUACGAGAGGCUACAAUCGCUCAUAGCAAAGUGCUCAGGAAAGGACCUAACAAUCCUGGUGGGAGAUCUGAACGGCAAAGGCGGAAUGGACAACACCGGGUAUGAAGAUAUAAUGGGACGACAUGGACUGGGAGAGAGGAACGAAAAUGGGAAAAGAUUUAUAAAUCUAUGUGCAUUCAACAAAUCGGUUAUAAGCAGCACAAUAUUUCCACACAAAGUUGCAAGAGAAAGAAAUAUGAAACAACUAUAUGAUACGACAAAGAAACUGACAGGAAAAUAUAGUAAACCAGAGUCUGGUCAAGAACGAAUAAGGUAAUCACCGAGUUCCAAGAACAGAUGUGUAGAAUACUUCGAGGAACUUUUGAAUGGACCAGCUCCAUUGAAUCCAUCGGAUAUCGAAGCAACACACACACCAUUCUAUAGAUGUCACUCCACCAACGAUCGAAGAAAUCGGGAUGGCCAUCAGAAAAUCAAGAGUGGGAAAGCAACAAGAUCUGACAAUAUACCAGCUGAAGCACUAAAGUCAGACACAGAAGUAGCUGUAAACAUGCUUUACAUUCUAUUCAGGAAGAUUUAGGGCAAAGAACAAGUGCCAGCAGACGGGAUAAAGGACACCUCAUCAAGAUACCACAUAAAGGAGAUCUGAGUAAAUGUAAGAACUACAGAGGAAUCACAUUGCUGUCAGUACCAGGAAAGGUCUUCGACAGAAUGUUGCUGAACUGGAUAAAAGAUUCAGUAGACACCUAGCUUCCAAGUCAAUAGGUCGGAUUCUGUAAGGAUCGGUUGUGCACAGACCGAAGGUACUUGACAGCGUGGAUAAAGAACCUCACGGAACCUUCUUCGACACUGUCUAAUCUCUCCCUGCCACUUUCUUUUGGUGGUUGACUGGAUUAUGAAGAUCUCCACAUCUGACGGUAAGCACAGAAUACAAUGAACAGGGUGGAUGCAACUUUACUAUUUGGAUUUCGUAGAUCACUUAGCUCUUCUAUCCCAUACACACCAACAAACGUAGGUCAAGACAAACAGUGCCUCAGCAGCCUCUGCAUCAGUAAGCCUCAACACAUACAAGACAAAACGUAAGAUCCUGAAAUACAACACAGAAAACACCAACUCAAUCACACUUGAUGGAGAAACAGUGGAGGAGGUGGACACUUUCACGUACCUGAUCAGCACCGUCGAUAAACUGAGACAAUUCGAUGCCGACGUGAAGGCAAGGAUUGGCAAAGUAAGGACCUCAUUCCUACAUUUGAAGAACAUAUAGAACUCAAAACAACUGUCAACCAAUAUGAGAAACAGAAUCUUUAGUACGAACGUCAAGACAGUUGUACUGUGCGGAGCUGGAAGUUGGAGAACCACCACGACCAUCACCGAAGAAGUACAAGUAUUUAUAAACAAUUGUCUACGCAAUAUACUGAAUAUCCUUUGACCAGAUACUAUCAGCAACAACCUACUGUGUGAGCGAACAAACCAGCUUCCUGUUUAAGAAGAAACUGGGGUGAGAUGCUGUAGAUGGAUGUGAUAUACAUUUGGAAAAUCGUCAGACUACAUUACUAAGCAAGCGCUAACUUGGAAUCCUGAAGGGAAGUGGAAAAGAGGAAGAUUAAGGAAGACGUUACGUUGAUAAUUGGAAGCAGACAUGAAAAUGAUGAAUAAGAACUGGAAAGGAUUGUCGAGGACAGAGUUGGAUGAGGAAUGCUGGUGAACUGUCUAUGCUACUCCACGAGGAGUAACAGGUGUUAGCUUUCAAAUUGAACAGUUUCCACAAAUCCGUCAUUUUUUUCAUUCAGCUUCCAGUAGUUUGUGGGAUAUGCAAACGGUUGUUUUACAGUACCAAUUAACGAUCUAUUGAUGACUGAGAGCUGUAUAGCCCGGAUACGUGAAUUCAAUCGUGUUAUAUGGGGUGGAUCCAAUGUGAAGACAGAUUUGUUCAAACGUUGGUGUCAAGGAUUUUCAUUUAGCCCUGUUGAGUUUAGUGCUUUGGUACAAUCAACAGGUGGUCCAUGUGCUAUUAUAGCUACUACUCAAGCCACAAUUAUGUACGAGGUUUUGUUCAUUCGCAAGCAGAACCUAGCUGAUAUUACAGAUGUCGACAAUAUGGAAAUUCUACUGAGCGCCCUGUUAAGAAUAAUUCUAUUGGUUUCGAGUGAUCGCCAAAGCCAUUUUUGCUGGGUUUACUGGUGCGAAGAUGAAGAACCAGCGAGUUCUGAGUCCUCUAUUCAAAAUGAAAAAUGUGCCACCAGUGAUUUCAGUGCUGUCAAUAAGUCAUUGGAUUCUAAUAUAAACCAGCUUGGAGAAUGCGGUUUCCAGAAAUUUAUUAAUGGUUUAAGAUGCUUCGAAGCGGAAACUGUCGAGGAACUCCGUGCAGUUGCUUUCUCGUUACUUCCUCAAAUAAAAUCAAAAUAUGGAGUAUUGUGCUUCCUUUAUUCUGUUUUGUUCACACAUGGACUUCAGUCACUUAUAAAUGAAAUGAAUGGUGAAAUGGAUGCUUUGAUUGAUCCAAUUCAUGGACAUGCUAGUCAGUGUCUGAUUAAUUUACUAAUUACUGGAGAAAGCACGCCAUAUUUAUUCGAUGGUGAAAGAGAUCUCGGAGGAUUUACAUUGAAAGGUAUAUCUAGGCAACCGAAAACCGGUUUCUUGACUUUUGUUGAAGCAAUGAGAUAUUGUGAAGUGGGAUGGUUUUUGAAAAAUCCAUAUUACCCAGUUUGGAUUUUGGGAUCUGAGACACACUUAACCGUUUUGGCGUCGCCAGACAUGUCGUUGGUGUCAAAAAAUGUCAAGUCAGAAAUUAACUCCAUAUCAGGUUUACGUCAAGCUGAAGUUGAGUUUAAUUAUCUAAGCCCAGAUCAAGAUACUGGAGGUUUUAUCAGUUCGUCAGAUUUUGAAAAAUUACUGACCAAAUUACGUCUAUCUACAGGAUCCCAACAAGUAAAUGAUUUAGUUACAAAACUAGAUCCUGAAGGUUUAGGAAUAAUUUUGAAGAAAGACUUCCUACAGUUCUUUUUUCCCGAAGAAAUGGCAAAGCACACCACUGAAGUUAUUAGCUUUCAGUUAAUCCAUUAUAAUGGUUUGGAACACUCUAAUAGUGAAGGUCGGGUUCGAUACAGUAUUGGUGAAGCCCGCUUAAUAGAUCCUACAGAAGAGCUUAUCGAGACCCAGCCUAUUGAUCAAAGUCCUAUACAGCAGUGCUUGGCAACAAAAUGGCCUACAAUACGAAUCAAAUGGAACGUAAACAGAAGUCCGUCACUGAACUAAUUUUUUUGUAAUAUAUUGCAGUAGCAACUCAUCAUUAUUACCCAAACGCUUUCAAAUCUAAAUUUGUACAGUUUAUCACUUUGUAAUCAAAAUGGAGUGUU